AUGAGAUCGCGGAGUUCUUCGGUGACCACGAACAACUCGGGAUCGGCUCUAACGAAUGACGAAAUCGGAAUUUCUGAAUCUUCUGGUGGCCUUGGCCUUUCUCGUCCACAAGAGUUGAAGCUUGCCAUCGAGUGUCUCAAGAAACGCGUCGUCGAGGCCGAGAACAUGCACCAACUCGAGCAGAAAGCGUUGCUCAUCGAGAAGCUAAUCGAACUUCGCACUGAAUUAGAAGAUCUGACAUCGGAAAAGUCCUCUGGAGUCCGAAUAACGCGAAAGUUGGGGCACGAGUUUACGCAUUUACCGAAAUCGAGCGAGAACUAUUGCGAACAGUGUCUUGGCGCGUGCUGGUCCUCGAAAAACGUGGCUAAAUGCAACUUCUGUGGCUUUUUCGCGCACGAAAAAUGCUUACGUUCGAUCUCGAAGCGCUGCCAAGGACAGGGCGGAAAUUACGUCCUCGACAUUUGCCCCGAGCGCGGCCUUCAUCUUCAAAAGUACAGGUGUAAAGAUUGUCGCUGCAAAAUUGCCGUGAACCCGACAGAAGCGAAAAAGGGCACUGCAGAGGCGAGACUGUGCAGCUACAGCGGUUUCUACUUCUGCGCAGCGUGCCACUGGAACGACACUCGCGUUAUUCCGGGGAGAAUAGUGAAGAACUGGGAUUUCGUGGAGUAUCCCGUUGCACGGAGCUCGUUUCGCUAUUUGAGGAGCGCCGAGAAACGCGUCUUGAUAAACAUCGAGAAGGAGAACGAGCAGUUGUACUCCUUCGUUGAGGAGCUGCAGCAGAUUCGCAAACUUCGGGACGACAUUCUCCGCAUGAAAGUGUAUCUUUCCUGCUGUUCGGACGCGACAGAAAAGCGCUUACUUCUGCGCCUCCAAGAGCGGCAACACUUCGUAGAGAGCGCAGACGACUUCACCGUCCAAGAUCUUUGCGACAUUUCCUCUGGGACGUUGAUCGACACGCUGGCGGAGAUUCACGCGGACUACGCAUUCCACAUCAAGCUCGAUUGUCUCCGCUGCCAAGCAAAAGGCUUCAUUUGCGGCAUUUGUAAUAAUGGAAAUGAACUUUUCCCGUUUGACGCAUUUGUUUCUAAUUGUGGGAAAUGCGGCGCCGUAUAUCACAAAGAAUGUUUCAAUCCGUUUUCUGCGAAUGCAAAAUGUCCCCGGUGUGAACGACUCGCCAAGAAAGAUCGCGAGAAAACGCCCUCCAAGCCGGCUCCUCCGCCCAACACUCGUGGCAAUCCCUUUAUUCGCGUCGACGAUCAUUUACCUAGUACUGGCUCCCCGUCGUUUGCAUAA